AUGCUUACGAGAGACGUCACGGCAUUCGUUACUUGGCAAACGGGCGACUUAAGGCGAAGCCUUUUCCACUCAUUUCGGCAUAAAUUCCUUCUCGAGCACCUGGUAAAUGCAAGUGAGUUGCAGGUUUACUAUCUUCCAUUCCUGGUGAUGUACAACGGAAGCUCAGUUCCUUCAAUCCUCGGUUCGCUGUAUUGGUUUCGCAAAAUAUUUCUGAUGGAGCGCGUACAGCUUGUGCAUGGCCAUUCUACGUUUUCGACGAUGGCGCACGAGGCGAUGAUCCAUGCCUGGUGCCUGGGUCUGCGUACAACUUUCACCGAUCAUUCGCUGUUCGGUUUCGCUGAUGCGUCGGCAAUUCUCACGAACCGAUUGGUGCUGCAGUAUUCGCUGGUGAACGUAGACAGAGUGAUCUGUGUUUCCUAUACAAGCAAGGAGAACACAGUGCUGCGCAGUGGCGUUCCAGCGGGCAAGGUUGCUGUCAUUCCAAAUGCCAUUGACAGUGACCUGUUCGUGCCCGAUCGCUUUCUCUUCUACAAUAAUCCCACAACAAUAAUUGUUCUUUCAAGACUGGUCUAUCGCAAGGCAAGUUUGUUCGUUCUAACAUUCUGCUUCAUUUUGUUACCGGCGGUAAUCCUUCACUGA